AUGCUGAUCUACGCAGUCAAGAAAGCAUUUGAAGAACUAGAAGAAGUAUCAAGAGAGACUGAUACGGGAGAUAAGAAUCAACAAACUACCCCGUUGUUGAUAUACAACCGAAGAAAGAAGACUAAUCGUGCGGUUAAUGAAGUAACAACAGUAUCAGGGGAGACUGAUAGUGGAGAUGAUCAGAUAAAGAAGACUAAUCGUGAGGCCAAUGAACCAGUAACCGUAUCAGGAGAGACUGAUACUAGUUUCCACACUUCUCUUGAACAUCCGAUGACAGCUGAAGGUGUCUCCAAUCCUUGA